AUGGGGCCGACGGCCGAAGUAUCUGCGGACGAUGGGGAUACUCACCGUGCUGUCAAGAAACGAGCAUCUCAAGCCUGCCACAACUGUCGCACCCGCAAGGUCAAAUGUGAUCUGAUCACCUUCGGCAGCCCCUGCUCCAACUGCGUAUCCGACGAUGUCGAAUGCCUCGUUGUCGAGUCAAGGCGGAGCCGCAAAUAUCGUCUACAAAAGCGUCGAUUGAAUGGCCUGGUCUCACUGCCGCCACUUAGUCAAGCUCCGCCCAAAUUCACGACAGCUUCCUCGCUCGCUUCCUCUACUGUCUCAUCGGAUGCUACGAUCACUCUGGAUCCUAUCCCGCAGUUGAGUCAAGACACUCCAGAGGGCCCCUCGACUACAAGUACUCAUCUCCAGAGUCCUCCUUCUGUCACCACCUCGGCCGCCAGUUUCAGUGUACAAAGCAAUGGAGGUCUAACCGGGAGUGCUUCAAUUAAUCCUCAGUUGCGGCCGCUGCCGGGCAUCUUUCCAUCCUACAUCCGGCCUCCACGGCCUGACAUUCGACCUGACGAUGUCGAGUUCUUGAUUCGCCGUGGCGCCCUCUUGGUACCUCAACCCGAGCUGCGAGAUCAACUUCUUCGAUGCUUUGUCCUCUUCGUCUACCCCUACAUGCCCACCAUAGAACUUGCGGACUUCCUAGGUGCCAUCGACGGCCAUGACGGCUCAUCCAAAAUCAGUCUCGUGGUGUUCCAGGCCGUCAUGUUCGCUGGCACCGCUUAUGUUGAUCUGGACCUGCUUCAACAAGCAGGCUACUCAAAUCGAAGAGCAGCCAGAAGCGACUUUUACCAGAAAGUCAAGCUGCUUUACGAUUUCGAUUGGGAUGUGGACCGAGUUGCCUUGAUCCAGUCACUCCUGCUCAUGAACUACUGGUAUGUCUCGGAGAACGAUCAAAAAGAUCCGUGGCAUUGGCUAGGAGUCUGCGUCUCGUUGGCCACUAGUAUCGGGAUGAACUCAUCCGAUACCUCCUCAAGAAAUAGCCCGCAAACCCGUCGACUAUGGAGACGCAUAUGGUGGACCUGUGUCAUGCGGGAUAGAAUCAUAGCCGUCAGCAUGCGAAGACCGAUACGUAUCGCAGAUGAGGACAUCAACCUACCCCCCUUGACUGCGGAAGACUUUGACCUCCAUCCAAUAUCGACCUCGCUGCUGUCACUUCGGCAAUGUCGUCUUAUGGCGGACAGUACGUCUCAGAGAAUGUUGGCUGAAAUGUGUGUGGCCAAGGUACAGUUGCUGCUGUCCCUCGGCCGCAUUCUCCACAACUGCUAUACCUUGCGAAGCUUCGGUGGCUCCACGUCGGAAGUGACUAUGCUCUACACACCCAAAAGAUCCGGAACAAUCAACGACAAUGACUUUGCGAUGCUACAAGACGAACUAAGCCAGUGGUCCAACAACCUGCCCAUGAGCUGCUGGCUGGAUUCAGCCGCCGAGCCUAGCAGCAACAAGGGUGACGGUGUUACAGAUGGCAAUGACCCGACCGAUAAAGUCCUAUUCCUGCAUCGCAGUGUCUUGAAAAUGCUGUUUCUGGUGGCCACAGAAGCCCUCGAUCGGCCGCAGACUCUCUCUGCGUCCAAGUCUCGCUCGGCUGCCUCGUCAGCGAAAGCGGCUCAAGCAUCCACGAUGCAAUUGGCCUCAACAUCAAAGGUCAAAGAGGCUGCGGACAGAAUGGCGGAGAUGAUCCAGAGUCUCCAUGACCGCGACCUAGUCAGAUACCUCCCACCGCUUUCCGUCACUUUCAUGCUCCUCGCCAUCGCGGCGUUCAUGGUCGAGAUCAAGAAGCAGGGGUUGGAGCAGACGGAUCUUCAGGGGACAGGGAAGCAGUGCCAUGUCCACCGUUGUCUCAGAGCACUCUUGGGCUUGCGUGACAUAUGGCCCAUUGCUGACUCGGCCUGCGUGCUGGUGGGCCAGAUGAUCAAUAGAUGUCAAGUCGAGGCGACUUUGGGAAUUUCGAUUCUGGGGAUAAAAGCCACCAGAUCUAUAUCAGCAACGGCUCUUCCGACCACAAGAGUCCAGAAGGACAAGCAGAAGCGCUCAGCGGAGCCAUCUGCUGGUCGAGUCCGGGAACAGGUGACGGUUGAAGUCGCCCAAGACAUUGCUGAAAUUCAAAACUACAAGCCCCGGACUGACGCCACGAAUAAGGCAAAUCCAACUCCUGUGGUGGGCAAUACCAUAGCAAGGCCUGGGCCAGAGUUCGCAGUGUCCUCGUUGUCAAACGGCAAAGAAUUAGCGAUUGCAGGCCAUGAUCAACCGAGCUCAACACCAGCAACUACCAUUCCAGGUUCAGCCGCCCGGUAUAACCCAGCAGGUGCAGAGGCAGGCAUAGGCCCGGAAGAGACAAUGUUGUUAGACUUUAACUUUGACUUUGACUUCAAUGAUUUCGACCAAGCCGGAACCACGACUCAGGGAGGACAUCAUAUGCAGCUCGGACACGGACCUGGCCACAUCUCAAACGGUCAUGCCCUGCACAUGGACAUUGCCCUGGCCGAGUGUUAUCCUCUAGGUCAUUUGGGCGAGUUUGACAACAGUGUUUUGGACUUCGACUUCGACUUCGCCUCGGCCGGAAGUGGUCAUGGAUUUGAGCCUGCGGAACACACUUCGUACGCCUCAAGCCAGUCGACGAGGUCAAUGGAUCCAUGGACGACGACGACAACGACGACGACGACUACUUCUGCUGCACUUCCCAAUCUGCGUGGUGUACACUGA